AAGAACCAACGAGCUUAAAAAUAAUCCUUUCGCGGUAAUUGUUGUGGGAUUCUUUAACACAAUAACAAUAAGAGCAGUAACUUGAACAAAUAGUCGGACUUUUUUUUUUUUGUAUUUGGAUGUUUUUGUUGUGAGAGGCGAUAAAAACUUGAUACAGUCUUAGCCAGCAGGUUGAGAGUCCUGUUUGUUGAUGUAUGAGGCAGGUAACUAGGUCUAACAUCCUAACUGACUUCCUGCUGGACACCUGGUUAGUGCACUUUUGUGUGUGUGUGUGUGUGUGUGAGUGAGUGAGAGACACGAAUUAUCUCGAGCCCACUGUCGGACAGUUUGUCAGGACCAACAGGAAUAUGUAAAGAAGCUCGAGAACCUGCUCUGGAAAUGGCUUACCGACUGACACAAGAGGAGCUAGAUCAACAGUUUGAACAGUUCUUGAAAGAGUCAGUGUCUGAUGACUCAGUUGAUUUGGGCAGCAGCUCGAAGCGUCCCAGUGUUCUGGAUAACCUUGGAAAGGCACCUCAGCAGCAACAGGAGAAGAAAAGCCAGAGGUCUGUGCCUUGGUGGCAAGAGGAUGAUGACAGUGAUGAGACUCAGGGAAGAGUUCUUGGGAAGACCUUCCGCAAAUCCUUAAGGGCGUCCCAAACCAUCCAGGAGGUUGAUGAUCAAGCAAAGGAGCGAUGCUUUCAUGAUGAGCCCAGAGGCGAGGAGGUCAUGUUCAGCAGAGACAGUCUAGAGCCGGAGGAUUCACUAGUGAUCUAUGGAUCUGCACAGAGUGCUGCUGCUGUGGACUUGCAAACUCUGAAUGAGGAAGAGGAACAAGCAAGGUCUGUGACUGAAGACUCGAGACCGAAUAAAGAGCAGGAAUCCUUCAGCCCUGGUUUUGUGUCUCCACAAAGGGAAGACGAUGUCCCUUUGACAAAGCAAAGUGUAGAUGGAGAAAGCGAUUCAAGUUCUGUGAAAGGCACUCCAGCAGCAUCUCCUGCUUAUAGUGAUGAUUUUGAAGAUGAAGCAAACGAUAAGGAACCUGAAGAGAAGAAGCCAGUAAGGUGUGGCAUGCUGGCUAAAGUGUCACUGCAUGACUCUCUGAACUCCACGGAUAGAGCUCCAGUGCCUGCUUUGUGCAGUGAUGUGGCAGAGAACACGGAGUACACUGACUCCAAAACAGCACAGGCAGCAAGACCAAGCACCACGGAACUGACAUAUGGUCAGAGCGGGGCGAGUGACAUGGAGGCUCUGCAGGAGGCCUACAAGCAGAUCACUCACUCAGUUGGUGAGUGUGAAGAGCGAGAGAAGGAGCGUAGCAGGAGUCCCUCCUCUCUCUCCACUCCAGAAUGUUUGAAAAUAACCACCCAGCAUGCCUCCACUACAGAAUCAGAUUUACCCACUGCUGAAGAACUGAUGCGUGCUAUUGGACCAGAUUCUGGAAUCGCCUUUGGCUUGUGUCUCGAGGCCCUAAGUGAAGCAGCUAUAGAGAGGAAGGCUCAAUGUUUGGACUCACAGGGCCAGACUACAAAGGCUAAAACUAAGUACUCUCCUGUGGCUCUUAGGGAAGCAGAUAACAAGAGCUCAGUGGAGCCAUAUCAAAUAUCUUCCUAUCACAGACACAGGAGCAUCACAGAAGAGGUGAAUAGGCUCAUGCAGGAGCAGGAUAACUUCCCUGAGGUACCUCCUGUUGCCUCUGGCAGAGGCAAGAAGUCCCAGGGCCACUGCAGACCCACUACCACAGCUUCUUUUUCAGCUGCCUCUGGAAAAGCUUCAGUCCCUUCUGUGAAGAAUAAGAAAGCUAGCAUGAAUCCAUUACCCAGGGCUUCCACACCAAGCAGGCCCAACAGUUUAGCUAAACGUCCAUCUCCGCUGACUCAAGGAAAGAGUCAAAACCAGACCUCUAAAAGGAUGUUUUCUCAAACACGUAUUGUAAAAGGUCCAGACUCUGGUUUGAAGGUAAGCAAUGAACUUGUUGCUUCAAUACAGUCCAUUGCUGCUUUUUUACAACACCGAAUGGAAGCAGACGGUCCAAACACUGGCUGUCCUGAUCAGUCAGAUGACAACAACACACAGCAGACAAAACAGAGCAAAAGGGAGGCUGAGGAAGACGGCUCUGCAGCCAAAGGCCGUGACCUUCCCUUGGAAUACUCUUCACUGGAGCGUAUACGUCUGCAGCUGGCUCAAAAAGAGAGAGAGUUUCUUCUCCGAGAGAAGCAGCUCCAGGAGGUUCACAGCAAGGAGAUGAGCGCUCUCAAACAGGAGAACUACAUGUUGCAGAGCAAGUUGCACAGUGCAGAAGAGGCAAGCAAGCAGCAGAGAUGGAGUUUUGGUGAGACCUCGGAACCAGGAAGAGAUGAAAAACUGAGAUUGAUUGAGAAGGAGAUGAAGGAGCAGGAGACACUAAUUCAAGGCUACCAUCUGGAGAAUGAAAAAUUGUACCUGCAGUUGAAGGCGCUCCAGGUACAAAGUAAGCAAAAUGAAGAGGCCAUGUUUGCAGAGAAUCAGAGAUUGCUCUCUGAAUUAGCCAUCACUAAGGAACAGUUAAAUAAGAGCAGUAAGCAGAGGACAGUGGGGAGUAUGGACACUGCUGUGCAUGGAUACCGGGUUACUGAACUAUUGGCGGAGGUGCAGGCUGCACAGAGAAGGGAAUUGCAGCUGCAGGAAGAAAGCCGCAGGUGGAAACAAGAGAAGCAGGCUCUGCAGGUGGAUUUGCAGAUGAUGAAAAAGGAAAGGGACCUGGCAAAAGCACAAGUGAUCUCUACCUCAGGAGAUAAAGGAUUUGAGUUGAAGCUGCUGCAGGAAAGGCAUAAGGAAGAGGUGGCUGUGCUGAAGAAGAGACUGCAGUGGUAUGCUGAGAAUCAGGAAUUGCUGGACAAAGACGCAGCCAGACUCAGAUCAGCCAAUGCAGAGAUACAGAGACUAACUGAGCAGGUGGAGAAGCUGAAGAUGGAGGUAGCAAAGCAAACUAACCAGCAGCAGAAGAAAGUGAAGGAGAGGGCUGCAGAGGCCAAGAGAAUUCAGGAUCUCGAGCGACAGGUGAAAGAAAUGGAGGAGAUUCUUCGCCGUAGGCACCCAAACUCUCUGCCUGCACUGAUGUUUGCUGCAGCAACUGCAGGUGGAGAAAGGGGAGGAGAAAGUCCUCCAUGUGCAGCACCUCAGCCUUCACAUUCUGCUGCCCUGCUGGAGAGGCGCAUCCACAGACUAGAGGCAGAGCUUGAGGACCAUGACGAGGAAGCCAAACGCUCACUCAGAGCCAUGGAGCAGCACUUCCAAAGGAUCAAGCUCCAGUAUGAACAGCAGAUCUCUGAUUUGGAGCAACGAUUAGCUGAGCAAAGCCCAGAGUGUAGUGACUGCUCAUCUAAGAUGUCAGAGAUGCAGUCCCACGCAGUGCAGGAACUGGAACAACUGAAGGAACUGCACCAGAGUGAAGUAAGCACUCUGAAGUCUGAAGUGGCCACUUUGAAGAAGCAACUUCAGCAGGUUCAUUCCCUAGCAGAGCCAGAAAAACUCUCACGAUACCAGAAACAGGCAGAAGCAGCACAUAUCACCCGGAUGGAGCGCCUGAACCAGGAGCUUGCCACCAAGAGCCGCACCAUCCAGGAGCUGAAGCGCACUGUGGAGCGGCUGCAGAGAGAGAGGAAGAGCAUGUUAUUUAGCCCAAAAUUCCAAAAAAACAGAACUCUGUCCAGAGAGACAGGCAAAGAUCCCUCCCUUGUCCUGGUUGAGACUUUCCCAUCUACUCAUGAUGAAAAAGACUAUCAGCCUGGAGUUUUCUCAGGCUCCCAUAUUUCUGAAGUACAGCAGGAGAACGAGAGGUUGAGGGUCAGACAGGAGCAGCUGGAACAACAGUGGUUAGAAGAAAAAGUUUUACUUCAGGAUGCUGCUACACAAGCACAUGCUGAGCUCCAGAGGGUUCAGGAGCAAAACCUGGAACAGCUGGCCUUGCUAAAGGCUGACCACCAAAGAGAAAUGGAGCAUCUGGUAGCUGGCCAUGCCCUGGAGCAUUCCUCUUCCAAAGUAGCUGAGCUCACAAAUGAAGUGAAAUCACAGGAGGUCAUGGUACUGCAUUUGCGUGAGCAACUGAAGGAGCUACAAAGAACUAAAGAGGCUCUUGCUUUGUCUAAACUCCGAGAGGAGACGUUACAGAACCAGCUGACUAAGCUUUUAGAAGAGCUGAAGCAGGCAAAAGAGGCCCACAGUCCUGAACUGAGACACUUUGCCAGCUUGGAGCACAAAAUCCAUACCAUGGAGCUCCGAUACAAUCAACGUGAGCAAGAACUACAGCAGAUAAUAUCUCGGACACGCUUGGUGGUGGAGCAGGAGCAGCAGGUAGAGGUAACGCGCUGGAAGAAACUGGCUCAGGGGAAAAGCAGAGAGCUGGAAGCCUUCCGGCAGGAGCUGGACUCCAUACUGGAUGUGCUUAAAGAGCUGCAGAAACAGGGUGUAGUGAUUCCUGCCUCACAGCACUCCUCUGCUGCUGGCUAUAUAUUCCAGCCUCUUAGAUCCUGAAAUAGGGAUAUUUAUUUGUCCCCAUUUCUGUAUAACCAAGCAAUAGACUCAGGUACAUCUUGAAAACGUUGUUUACAAUACAAAUCCACUUGAAUACUAUGGUGAGCACUAUUGAAGAUAAAUAAAUAAAACCUACAGAUUGAAUGAAUUAUACUAGUGCCUGUUGGGGCAUGCCAGAGUUUCCAUAUUAAACUUUUAUCCUAUUCAGUUUUUGUUACAGUUGCAUGUUUUCUCAGAGAUUUCUUACAUUGUCUUCAUAAAUUGGGAAAUAUUACAUCUUUUAUAGUUUUGUAAUAAUUGAAAGUAAGCACAGUGAAGUCAAUUUCAGAAAUUCUAUAGAUUGCAACAUUAUUUGUUAGCAAAUUAUAGAUACUUUGCAAAGUACAUUUUAUGUUCAGCUUUUGUAAAAUAAUAAUAAUAAUUCAGUGCUGCACCAAAAAUAACCCAAUGUUAUAGUUUAUCAGAUAAAUUGAACCAAAUUCCAAAUGUAAACCUCUGCAGGCCAACCUUAGAGACCUGAUUUAAAAAGGGCAAGAUGUAAAUCUUUCUGAUUAAUUUUUCAAAGGUAUUAAUUUUCCAAAGUUUGUCCUCCACGUCACACUUUUUGUGCAAGUUGGAUUUCAUUUUAUUCCCGAUAUGGCAGGUGAAUUGCUGAGUAGUACUUAAAUAAGACCGAGCACUAGGAUUUGAGUUCAGGUGCCAUACUAGUUGAAUAAUGGAUAAGUUUGCUACAAAACAAGCCAUGCAAUGUGUUUGCAAAGUUCAUUGUUGCAGUUGUCACCAUAUAUGAUGCAUCUGUUUGUAGUUCAUAAUGAUUUGUAUUAAAGUGAAAGCAUGAUUGCCAGAACUUGUAAAUGUUAGGAAUGUAUUAAUUUUAAUGUUACUCCUGUCUAGUAUUUUACACAUUUCCAUUGAAGGAAAGUGGUGUCUUUUUUUUUUUUUUAAUAUGUAUGCCAUUUAUGUAGAGCCACUGUUUUCAUUGUUUAAUUUAUUAUAAAUUAAUGUUACUGAUGUAAAAAGGGAUUAAUUUUUUCAUACUAUUUAAAAUAACCUGACCUGUUCUAUUUGUACUUAUCAAAAGUUCUCGGUGUUUGAAUUUAAUGAUUGAAAUUCCAUGUGGAAAUCAGUCAUUCUGCUGAAUGUAUUGAAGCUGUUUUGUCACUGGUUUGCUUUCUCUGUUCAUCAUGUCUGGGUACUAAUCAAUAUCUCUGCAGCCACUGGGUAGCAUUUUCAUCCUAACUUCAUCUGGACUUGUUUUUUGGUCAGGUGCUUAAUAAGCAUCAUGUUGAUUUUUCUGGCAAAUCACCAACUACACUGCAUUCUAUCAAUCUCUUUUGAGCCUGUUGUUUGCACAAUUUCUGCCUUGGGACUAGCAUUCCCAAGAUGGGCUUUAGAUCCACCAUGACCUUAACCAGGAGGUUACUGAGUGAAUAAAUGAAUGAA